AUGCAGACACGAAUCCUGCCUGAUUCUAGGGAUUCGACUCCCCGCAGAAGAACAGCGGGAGACGCGGAACUGCGGGAUAGGCAUGGGGAAGCGGAGAUCGAAGGGAUACGAAGAAGAGUUCUUGCAGCGUCGCGCGUGGAAGCACUCUCCCGCGCGAAUUGCACUCACGAGCAACACAGCGGCGACGGCGGUAGCAAUGGUGGUAACCAGCUGCCGCCGUGGAGCCCGCAUGUGCCGCGAGCCAUCCUGACGCGAGGCAUCGCGCACGAGGGGGACAUGCUGCGAUUCGAUCGCCUGCUGCACAAGAUCAUAGUGCGGCGAGAGCCCAUCACAGUGGUGGCCAUCGGCAGCAGCUGCACGUCUGAGUUUGGUGGCAGGAAGGGCCCGCAGCUCAAGCUGCUCAACCUCGAUGCCUUUGAGUUCGGCCGGUGGGUGGGAGGGAGGAGAGAGGAGAGAUUCACACGUGGUUUCCUUUGGGUUGAUUCCGAAGUGGUGCAUCCAGACGGUUGGCUCACAGCUGCGUUGGACUGGCUGCUAGCAGCGUUCCCAACCAGCAAACCGCACGACUUUACCACCGCCCCUUUACCGGACGCCGUGCCAGCGCAGGACCAGGCCCCCCAGCAGCCCUACUGGCUGCUCAACCUCGCAAUAGGGGCCAUUGGGCCGCAGCCAUGGGGGAAAUGCCUCGGGAGCACAUAUCUCGCAAAGCUCCCCAAGACCGUAGAUCUGGUGGUGGUGGAGUGGGCGCUAGCAGCGAGCUACCCCGAGAUAGCCAAGGACAUGGACAUUGUAUUGCAGCGCCUGCUCAAGCUCUGGCCCACUCCGCCCGCCUUCCUCUUUGUGCAUUUCUUCUUCUGGUGCCGGGGCAACCUCUGGUGCCGCACAUGGCUGACAGAUCCCAAGACGGGGGUAGAGUUGGUGGAGGAGGGCCCACAGCAGCCGUUGACUCGGGAGAACAUCGGGGUGUUCUCGUUUGACUCGUUUGACCGCCGCGGCACGGGGCGAGUGACAGAGGACGAUUUCCUGGUGCUUGCGCGUUACUACGGCUUCCCUGCCAUCUCCAUGCGCAAUGCGUUUUGGAACCUCGCAGCGCAGCAGGCGCCCCAGUUCGGUCUGCACGACCUGAUAGCCAUGGAUGACAUGGGGCUGCAUCCGGGCCUGCCGCUCGCUCGCACGCGAUAUGCUGAUAUUCUCAUCAACUUCUUCCGCACUGCCAUUCAAGGUUUCUUCAAGCGCCAGAGGGCAGCCAUGAAAGCGUCCAUGGAGGAGAGAGCAGCAGAGCUGGCGCUCUUGAAAGUGCCUCCGCCGCUCUUCGCGCGCUGGUUCCCAGGAGAGUUCGGAGGGCAGGGCCAGCAGGUGGCGCUGUGCUAUUCAUACGAGCUGCUGGAGGCGACGGUUCCGCCUGUGCGGGCGGUGAAGGGGUUUAACUUUACUAAAGACCCCGACUCUAAGAUACCCAAGCCGGGCUUUGCUACCUGGCACACUGGAAGCUUUGCGGAGUUCAUAUUUGACACGUCAGCACAGAACAAGCCCGCCCUCCAGCUGGACAACCCCGCAACCGCCCAGGCCCAGCUCGAAAUCCGGUACCUCGUCAGCUACGAGCGAAUGGGAGUGGGACACGUGGCGUGUGUGGAGGGGUGUGAGUGCGAGGGCGGGGAUAUAGACGCUACCAUCUCGCAGCACUGGUCGGUGCCGGAAAAACGCGUGUUUGAUGUGAGCCAGAGCGAGAAUUGCGUUGUGAGGAUCGACGUGCGGCGCGGGAAAGGGGAGAAGUUCAAGAUCCUGAGUUUUACUGUCAUGUUCAAGCCUAAGUAG